AUUAGAUGCAUUAGAGUUGGCAAUCCCCCAGACUUUAUCUAGUGUGCCGCUUCCUUAACCUGCCCCACCAGUCCACGAGCCACAAGUGUAAAGAUCGCAGCUCAAGUAUCUGCGAGACCACAUCCACUCCAACUCCACUCCUUCAUUUCAGGAGUGACCAUCACUUUGAAAGGUCUUCGAAAGAAUAUACACCCCUUCAAGCAUCAAGACUUAAUUUGAACCUCGGAGUCGGGACAGAUCUCCGCACAACUUUUCCACGCACGGAAUCACGCAUCUCCGAUUAAUGAUUCUAUUCCGCCGCGGCAAGGGUCAGCGCGCACCUUAUCAAGCCCCGCAUGUGCUGUGCUCAACGGAGUCUUAUCUCUUCUCUCAACCAUGGGUUCCGCUCCUUCCAAGCCCACCGCUACUCCUUCCACCAUUGAGUCGGAAAAGCGUCUGUUGAACGAGGCCACCGCUUCCCUGGCUUCUCUGUCUCUCUCCCCAAAGUCAAACGAUGGGACUUUAACCCUGACCAACCUCGCAAGUUGGGAGGCAGAAGUCUCGUCCAGCUCUAAGACCACCUUGACGCGGAACAUCUUGUCUCACUCGAAUAUCAGCACGACGCUCACCACUCGCGCUGGCCUGGUGAGAGACGUGCAUGUCUUCAAUACACCAAUCGAUUUCAAGGCUGGCCCUGUCACCUCUCAAAAGAGCUCGGGUCGAUGCUGGAUCUUUGCAUCCACCAAUGUCAUGCGAUACGACAUCAUGCGCAAGCUUAACCUAGAAGACUUUCAACUUUCCCAGGCUUAUUUGUACUUCUAUGACAAGCUGAACAAAGCCAACUAUUACCUUGAGAACGUCAUUGACCUCGUCGACACUCCCAGCGACGAUCGAGUCGUCAGCUUCCUUAACGACGAUAUCAUCGCUGAUGGUGGACAGUGGGAUAUGGUCGUUAAUCUUGUGGCCAGUUACGGGGUUGUGCCGCAGUCCCUGUUUCCAGAGACAUUGCAUUCUUCACUUUCGGGCCCCGUUAACACCCUCCUCAAAACGAAGCUUCGCGAACAUUUUCUGAUCCUGCGACAAAUGCAUACAGAGCUCCGUGUGCAGUCUUUUUCACAGCAGGCAAUCGUUGCUUCCUUGAGAGCAAAGAAAGAAGAGCUUAUGAAGGAGAUCUACACUGUGAUGACUGCAACUCUCGGCGUUCCACCCAACCCAGAUGAAAAGUUUGAAUGGGAUUACUAUGAUUCCAACGGCAAAGCGGGUCAUUGGGAGGGUACACCUAAAGACUUCUUCAACGCCUUUGCCACCAAACCUUAUUCGCCCAUCGACUCGUUUUCGCUCAUCAAUGAUCCUCGCAACCCUUACUCCACGCUGUACACUGUGGACCGGCUGGGCAACGUCUUCGGUGGCAAACCUGUCCUUUAUGUUAACACUGAGAUCGACAACCUCAAGAGUACUGUAGUCAAGAUGAUCAAGGCUGGAGUCCCGGUUUUCUUUGGCUGUGAUAUCGGAAAGUUCACGGAUAGUGCUACUGGUAUCAUGGACCCGGCUUUGUUCGACUUCGAAACUCCGUUCGACAUUAAGCUCGGCUUGAGCAAAGCCGACCGCUUGGUCACGGGUGAAUCCGCUAUGACCCAUGCCAUGGUCAUCAGUGCAGUCCACUUGGACGUCGACGGGAAUCCUGUCCGCUUCAAGGUCGAAAAUUCUUGGGGAGCGGACGCGGGCAACAAGGGGUAUUUUGUCAUGACAUCUGCAUGGUUCGACCUCUUUGUGUAUCAGAUUGUUGUGCCCAGAGCCCUGGCUCCCAAGAAUCUGACCAAGAUUUUUGACUCGGGGAACGCAGUUGUUCUGCCAUGUUAUGACCCCAUGGGUUCGUUAGCUUGAUUCAACCUCAUUCAUCUGUAAUUAUAAAUGCUGUUUGACAAAUCUAUCCACAUCCUGUCCUAGUAGAAUAUUCAAUCAAUUUUCUUCUAGUGAAGGCAAUCUACCCGAAGAUUCAUGCGGCCGUCUUGUCGGCACUGAGCCGCACCUCUUCAGACAGCCUUGCGUCGUGUUGCGCCACACCUGGUGGACGAUUCGCUGUUAUGCUUUCCGUGAUGAUUGAUCGACGUGUGCUCGCACUCUGAACGGCAAAAAGAACGACGCCCUAAUGAAAAAUGCAGGGUUGUGCCGCCCGGACAGCGCACUUACCUACCAUUAGCACCCCAACAAAAAUCAUCUUGUCCUUCCAGCCGUCGUCCGCAAGCUCAUUCCCCGAGUAGAGAUUCCGAUUGCGUUUGUACAGGGCACGAGCCCUGAGCGUCGGUGCGCCAGAUUCUCCUUCUAGACUUUGAGGCGACGGAUCCCGCAAAGCAUUAUAGGCCGCCGUGAUAGCACGAAAGCGUGCAUGAGCGUCUGCGGAAGAGACGGAUGGAUCGGCCUUAUCCGGAUGAUAUAUUCGAACCAAUUCGAAAUCUGAAUACAUUUAGCAGUGCAGAAAUGAGAUGUUAGAAGAACGAAGGAACGAACAUCUUGCCUUCACUUCCGCCGGGGAGGCAUUGCGAGGAAGGUGGAAUAUUUGAUGCGGUAAGGGGUUCGGACGGGUGGGAAACGCAAGGCUUGGUUCCUUGAGCGCGAAUUGUCUUGUAUGAAGUCGUGGAAGUCGAAGCACUGGUCGGAAACCACUCAAUAACAUUUACAUACGAAGGACCUGCGAAUGCAGGAGAGGUUUGAUUCAGAACGGUUUGUUUGGAUUUGUAUUGACCGUCACCUUUCCCGCCUCCAUGUUCGCCCGAAGAGCCGUCAGCGCCGCGCCCGCCCUUGGCCAACGUGCUGCGUCCGCCCUCGCACUUAAAUACUCCAAUGCCGUCUACGGUGCUGCCUUGGCUCAGUCGCCGCAGACGCUGACCAAGGUGCAUACCGAGCUCGCUGCCGUGUCCUCUGCCCUCACCCAGGACGCCGCUCUCAACGCCUUUAUCUCUAAUCCCACACUCUCUGCCAAUGAGCGCAAAGCUGGACUUGCUUCGUUCUACACCCAUCUCGAGAGCGCAGCCCCCAAGAAGGAGUCCCUUUCGGAGAUCACCAAAAAUCUCCUCGGCGUUCUCUCUGAGAAUGGCCGUCUUGCGGAGACGCAAGGCGUCAUAGAAGGCUUCAACGAGCUCGUAGAAAAGUAUCGCGGAGAACUCACCGUCGUCGUCACUUCCGCGACACCUCUUCCAAAGGAUGUUCUCUCUCGCUUAGAGACCGCCCUUAAGCAAUCUCAAGCUGGUCAGAAGGCCAAAGUUCUCAAGGUGACCAACAAGGUCAAUUCUUCUGUUCUUGGUGGCCUCGUGGUGGAUUUUGGCGAUAAGACUGUAGACCUCAGUGUGCAGUCUCGUGUGACCAAGCUCAACAGCGUGCUACAGCAAUCCGUUUAGAAUCCUGGAGUUGUGUACUUCAGCCCAAUAAAUUUGACAUGAGCUGGAUCAUGAGGUUGCUACCUAGUUCUCGCCUUCUGCUGCUAGCCCGAGGAGCGUGGGAUCUGGUAAGACCGUAAAUGCAUCAAGUUACAGCGGCUCUUUCCAUUCCGGGUCGCUCGCAGGACCAACAGCAUUGCCCCGAGCGGAUUCAGCCUCGUGGACGGAUAUGAAUGGUAUUGAAAUCACGGAUAUAAACCUUGUUGUCGGGGAGCGGGCGCCACCCAGGGACAAUUGGAAACAGCUUAGAACCACUCAAUUCAACCCUCUGGCGGAGCCGCAGACCAGUCAGGCGGCCGGCCUGUGCUGUCAUCUGCUGCGAGAAUCUCGGACACGAUCUGGAUACAAUCUGGCGAGUGCGUACAUAUAAUUUUCAGUAAGCUGGCUGCCUGUAAAAUUGUGCACCAUGGCUUGGAUCAAAAUUCCGUGCAUUCUCUACGCUAUGGCCGGGUUUCAAAUUGCUGUUACGCCUCCCCAUCCUCCACCUCCAGAAGCAGAGCAGAUCUCGUGGGCGCUUGUCGAGAUUCUACUCAAACAACGAUCGGGCCCGUUCUUGGUCAAGGUAUUUUGCUUCGUUCAUGCAUUCCGUUAUGCUAAGAAGGAAUCGCAGUCUCUGUGCUGGGCUGCAGCAUUGUCAGAGAUAUUAGUUAUUUUUGCAAGCUAUCUCCCAGAGUGCGCAUUGUCUCGAGUAAUUCUGGACGUCCUUGUGCAUGAGGGCAGCAACGGCAUCGUCUGGGUUUCUCCUUUAUUCGUUACGGGCAUCGUGCUCACCGCGGUCGGUGCCGGUAUCCGAUAUUGGUGCUACUGCGAGCUGGGCAAUCUGUUCACAUUUGAGGUCUCCAUUCGUAACGACCAUCGUCUGGUCCAGUCCGGGCCUUACGAUGCAGUCAGACACCCUGGCUACACAGGAAUCAUUCUUGCCGUCUCUGGGGUCUUUUGUUUUUCCUUUGCUCCGGGGUCCUGGAUUCAAGAGUGCGGGGUCCUGGACACGCUGGUCGGCAGAUGCGCAGUGAUGCUCCAAACGGGGAUAGUGGCUUUUAUCAUCUGUGGCCUGAUUCUGCGUACUAACGCGGAGGACAAGUUGCUGGAAAAGCAUUUCGGGGAUGAAUGGGUGAAUUGGAGUGCUCGAGUACCGUACAAACUAAUUCCGGUGACGUGUCCCAUUUGCUCUAACCGUGUGGAAUCUCACAAUAUCAAUGCCCAUAUCGACCAAGGCUGUCGGGACGUGUCCGCUGAACGAGAAUUUACAUCCCAAUCCAAGCCGAAACUAUCAAGCCAAUCUUCUGAUACUUCCGAUGUCGGUCACCGCAAAAAAAUUGCUCCAAUAUUCAACUCCAAGUCGAAGCCGGCCAUGGCGUCCCAAAGUUCGGCACUGAUGACGCCUACAGCUUUAAAGCGCAAAACACAAGAAGCUGUUCCCAAGUCGGUCGGUGACCCCCCCGCGAAGCGGAGCAAGACCACCUUGCAAGACGCUGCGCCAUUGGCAGAGAAACUUCGACCUGUCAUUUUCAAGGAUUUUGUCGGUCAUCAUCACGUCGUGGAUCUAAUUCGAAACGGCUUCGCUGGCUCUGUAAUACUCUGGGGUCCUAGUGGAUGUGGCAAAACGACUCUUGCACGGCUGAUUGCUACUCAGACAGAUGCUGUGUUCAAGGAACUCAGCGCCACAACGGCGAGUAUCAACGAUGUGCGGGCGAUUGUAGACGCUGCGAAAUCGACAUUGGCUUUGACUGCCAAAAAGACGGUGUUAUUCUUCGAUGAAAAUCGAGGCGAAUUGAUGCGGGACGGACCGCUCAAUCUCGAACAGGACAUUUUUUUGCCCUCUCUUGAGAAGGGCUAUAUCCAGUUGAUUGGAGCCACGACCGAGAAUCCGUCCUUCAAAUUGAACGGUGCACUUCUCAGCCGAUGUCGAGUGUUUGCCUUGGACCGCCUCCAGGACCGAGACAUUCAGAACAUCGUGACCCAGUCGCUGGACCGCCUUUCACGUGACGCGGGGUCCUCUCAUGGGCUCGCUGAUAAAGUCGUUGAAACCAUUGUAAGAAUGUCAUCGGGGGAUGCCCGGGUUGCUAUCUCACUCGUCGAAAUUGCCCUGAAAGUUCCUGAAGACUGCGAUGAAGCAAAGACAAUCGCGCUGAUCCGACGGUCUGCAGCCACCAAUUAUGACACGGCCGAAGAUCACUACAAUCUCAUCUCAGCGCUACACAAGAGCAUUCGGGGUUCUCAAGCCGACGCAGCGCUGUACUGGCUGGCUCGGAUGUUGACUGGUGGCGAUGAUCCUGUUUACAUCUGUCGGCGACUGGUUGUCUGUGCCAGUGAAGACAUUGGACUGGCGGAUAAUCAUGCUCUGCCUUUGGCAACAGCCACCCUGACUGCCUGCCAACACGUUGGGAUGCCAGAAUGUCGGAUCAACCUGGCUCAUCUUGUUGUCUAUCUGAGCAAGGCACCCAAGUCGACCGUGUCUUACGAAGCCUACAAGAAAGCCGAGGCAGCCGCGCUCGAACAUCCGACUUUGGCUGUGCCCUUGGCAGUGAGAAAUGCCCCGACGGGGCUUAUGGAAUCAAUCGGGUACGGAGAAGGCUACCGCUACAACCCAGAUUACGCACACCCUGUGACCAACACGUAUCUCCCACCCGAGCUGGAGGCACGUCCAUUCCUGCGCAAGGAUGGAGAGAUGGCCGGCAAGAUGUGGGAUGAAGCUGCGCUAGUUGCCUGGGAAACGAAGAAAACGACGGAAAGCAGUGGGAGGGAAGAUUCCAGGCGUAUCUAUUCCGGCCCGGUCGCAGCCACUGACCCGAAAGUCGUGGGUGUCGGACUUGAUCGGCCGGCAGAGAGAUUUGCUCCUCCCACCAUCUUGAAGCAUCUCAAGCGUUUAUCUACGAUCGCUUGCGCGCUGGAGCAACAUCUGCUGCAUUUGCGCAAGUUCGUCUAUCGUUUGGACGGCGACAACAUCCGAUUCGGCCUCAACAAAGAUCUUGGUUUCGAUGAAAAGUCGAGAGUGGAGAACAUUCGCCGGAUCGGAGAGGUCUCAAAACUGUUUACGGAUGCGUCGUGCAUCACCCCCACAGCCUUCAUUUCACCUUACCGAGCCGAUCGCGCCAUGGCCCGCGACCUGCACGAAAAGGCCUCCCUAGCCUUCAUUGAGGUGUUCAUCGACGCGCCGAUCUCCGUUGUCGAACAGCGUGAUCCCAAGGGCUUGUACAAGAAGGCUCGCGCAGGCGAGAUCAAAGAUUUCACUGGAAUCUCUGCGCCCUACGAGGCACCGGAAAACCCGGAAAUCCACAUAAAAACGGACGAGAGUGACGUGCAGGAAAGCGUUCGCAUUAUCAUGGAAUACCUCACCACCCACGGUUUCAUCCAAAUGUAA